AUGAGCACAUUACAAAAAUACAUAGAACAAGUGGAACAAAGUAUUGAAAAUAAAAAUGGUAAGAAAUUACGCAGACUACUUGCAUUUCUCAACCAGCCUAAAGCCGAAAUACGUAAGAAUUUCCCCGAGCCACUGGAAAUUGACUUGUACAAUCUUAAGAAAUUUGGUCCUGUGGUCCAAUACUAUUUACGUGCUACCAAGAGUGCCCUAAUUGAUCAUUCAAGUAUUGAUUGUUUUGAAAAUGUUAAUCAAGAAUGUAUCAAUUUAGUACGAGCUAGUGAACAAAUAGAGGGGAACUGGAUUAUGCCGGUCAUUACUGGUUGUUUUGAUGACAUGAUUUUACUUUAUAAAGUAGCUACAGAGAAACAUCCAGAGGAUUUGAAUUUGAUUCUUGUGGAAAAUGAAAUUAAUGAUGGAUUAGCCCCCAAGAGAAUAUCUCGAAUAGAGAAAUUGAUCAAUACGUUGAAAAGUGGGUUUAAUUUAAGUAAUAAUGACAAAGCAUUUGACUCGAAGCUGAGUAAACGAAGUGAUGUUUAUUUCUUUUUGGGUAAUUUAAUCAAGUAUUAUUUCAAAAUGGGUAAGGUAGAACUUGCCAAAAGUGCAAUAAAUUCACUCAAGGGGGGUAAUAAACUGCUACCAAACAUGACGGAAAAUGUACGCACUUGUAAAAGUGCCAUUAUUUACUUGUAUCAUCAAGCAUUGGUGUCAUUAGACGAUGGAAAGUAUUUGGAAAGCGAAGAAGCAUUAAACAAAGCCAUGGGUUUGAUUGCAAAUCACAAGGAAAAAGUUAGUAAACAAUUGGAACGACUUUUGCUUAUCUUGAUUCCAUUGAGGCUUUACAACAAGGGUAAAAUACCUAAUCAAACAGUUUGGCAAAGAUUUCCCCGAUUGAAGACCAUGUAUCAUGAUAAUUUUUUGGAUGCUAUAUGCCAGGGAAACUUGUACAAGUUUGAACAAUGUAUGGAAAAAUAUCAGGUUAUAUUAUUGAAAAAUCAAUUAUAUAUUUUGAUGGAGUUACUACGACAAUUUGUUCAAUUGAGAGUAAUAAAUAAGACAUACAAGAUUACACUGGAAUUACAAACUGGAGAGAAAUCUACUCCCAUAAGUGCAUUUAAAUUAGCAUUGGAGUUGUCAAUGUACUAUAAUGAAGAAGGAGGAGAUGAGGCAGUGUAUGUCUCACUGCAUCAAGUAUCUGACCUCGAAGUUGAAACCAUUAUUGCUAAUUUAAUCACCCAAGGGUAUAUCAGGGGAUAUGUUAGCAAUACUAAUAGAGUUGUUGUAUUCUCCAAAUCACUUCCAUUUCCCAAGAUAACUGAUGUUAAAGUAGAAGGGAAAGAUUAG